CGUUGUAGCGUGUCUGGGGGCGGGGCUACAGGCGGCGUGCUGCUGUUACAAGUAGCUGUGUAACUUUGGCGGGGAUCAUCCGGCUGCGUCACCUCAGGCUUUCUUUCCUUUUCGCGCGGGAAGCGUGUCCGGUGACCGGCAGGGAGGCACGGAGCGGUCCCCUGGGUUUCUGCUAUUGGCCGUCUGGAAAAGACGGAAAGAUGGCGAAUAAAGAAAUGUUUGAAGAUACUGUGGAAGAGCGUGUGAUCAAUGAGGAGUACAAAAUCUGGAAGAAAAAUACUCCAUUCCUGUAUGACCUGGUAAUGACACAUGCCCUGGAGUGGCCAAGUCUUACUGUACAGUGGCUUCCCGAUGUUACUAGACCAGAAGGUAAAGAUUACGCCUUGCAUUGGUUGGUGCUGGGGACCCACACUUCAGAUGAACAGAAUCACCUUGUGGUGGCUAGAGUCCAGAUUCCAAAUGACGAUGCACAAUUUGACGCUUCACACUAUGACAGUGAGAAAGGUGAAUUUGGUGGGUUUGGUUCUGUAAGUGGAAAGAUUGAAACUGAAAUUAAAAUCAACCAUGAAGGUGAAGUGAAUCGGGCCAGAUACAUGCCUCAGAAUCCAUGUAUUAUUGCUACCAAAACACCAUCAUCUGAUGUGCUGGUAUUUGAUUAUACUAAGCACCCAUCUAAGCCUGACCCCAGUGGAGAAUGUAAUCCUGAUCUUAGAUUGAGAGGUCAUCAAAAAGAGGGCUAUGGCCUGUCUUGGAAUUCUAACCUGAGUGGACACCUGCUGAGUGCAUCUGAUGAUCAUACUGUUUGUUUGUGGGAUAUAAGUGCUGGACCCAAAGAAGGAAAAGUAGUUGAUGCUAAAGCAAUCUUUACUGGCCAUUCAGCAGUGGUGGAGGAUGUAGCAUGGCAUCUAUUACAUGAGUCUUUGUUUGGCUCUGUUGCUGAUGAUCAAAAGCUUAUGAUAUGGGACACCCGGUCAAAUACAACAUCUAAACCAAGUCAUUCUGUGGAUGCACACACUGCUGAAGUCAACUGUUUGUCCUUUAAUCCAUAUAGCGAAUUUAUCCUGGCUACUGGAUCUGCUGACAAGACUGUUGCACUGUGGGAUCUCCGAAACCUAAAGCUUAAACUUCAUUCCUUUGAAUCCCAUAAGGAUGAGAUAUUUCAGGUUCACUGGUCACCCCAUAAUGAAACCAUCCUAGCUUCAAGUGGAACUGAUCGCAGACUAAAUGUUUGGGAUUUGAGUAAAAUUGGUGAGGAGCAGUCUGCUGAAGAUGCUGAGGACGGACCCCCAGAACUAUUGUUCAUCCAUGGAGGACACACGGCAAAGAUAUCAGAUUUUAGCUGGAACCCAAAUGAGCCCUGGGUCAUCUGUUCAGUGUCUGAAGACAACAUUAUGCAGGUUUGGCAGAUGGCUGAGAAUAUUUAUAAUGAUGAAGAGCCAGACAUACAACCUUCUGAAUUGGAAGCACAGGGAUCUUAGUUGGGUGUUUUUCCAUUUAUUUUUAUUUUUUUCUUUUGUUUACCAUUGCAGACUUACACACGGUGUUAAGUGGUUGCUGUUCAUUUUAGUUCUCCUUUUAAUGGAUGGAUACUACACACUUUGACAAUUUACCUAUAUAUUGUAUUGUAAUGAACAUGUUUGUAUUUGACACAAGGCUUGUAAAAAUGGUUGGUGGAAUAAAAAAAUUCUUCCUGUU